AUGGCGAACAAUGAGAUAUCUGCUGAGGAGUUGGCGGUGGGGAGAUGCGUGACUGGCACAAAGAAGCGUCAAUCCGUUGUGGCAGUUGAUGAAUCAGUAACAAAUCUCACGAGAGAUCGUAGUAGCAGAAUUAAUUAUGUUUGUAUGCAAAAAUCCUUUAAGCUUGUAUUCAGGGUCUUCUUUCUUCACUCAAUUGGUUUGAGUUAUUCAGUUCCUACGGGGGCUGCACCAAGUGGUAUCAGAGGAAUCGGAUCCUCUAUGUGCACUCGGAGUGGUCGGCCUUAUUUGGCUUCCACCAUGUCUGCUCAAGUCAACGACGAGGCUCUGCUGGAGCUUAGCCAGCAAAUUCAAGCUUUAGGAGACCAAUUCCAAACUUCAAUCCAAAAGGUUUCGCAACGGCUCGAUUUGUUGUCUGUCGGUGGGAGUGACAAACCUUCCACUUCACAUGCGGGCCCUGGCAAUACCUCUGCUGCAGGAGGCAGCCGCCUCACCUCUCUGGAGGAGCAUACUCCCUCUUCCCAUCGCAAUACCGGCCGGACUGGUUCAUACUACUUGGACACCACGUUCCAGCAGCGUCGAACUGACCCGGCAGACGAUGUUAAGCGUCUCAUCCGUGUGGACGUCCAAGAAUUCUGGGGCGACCUUAACCCUACUACCUUUCACGACUGGCUUAUCUCGGUUGAGGAUUAUUUUCGCUGGUACAAAAUGCCUAAUGAAUGCAAGGUCGAUUAUGCAAUCAUGAAAUUAAAGGGGAGCGCUCGUAUGUGGUGGCUGAAUAUAGAGGAACAAGCUUUGCGUUUGGGACGGCCAACGAUUUCUGAAUGGGCUGAGAUGAAAUUUCGUCUCAAGGAGAAAUAUAUGCCUACCGACUAUGUUGAUGCAAUGCUACGUGAACUCUGGGGUUUCAAGCAGGGGUCCACUUCCGUUACUCUGUACACAGCCCAUUGGCAAGAGCUCACCAUUCGAAGCCAAAUCAUCGAGCCAGAAAGACAGGCAAUCGCUCGCUAUAUUGCUGGCCUGCGUGAGGAUAUCCAACAUGAACUUUUAUCUCUGUCACCACCAUCUGUUGAUGCUGCCUAUCAGGCCGCUCUUCGCAUGGAAGCACACCUUGCUCGCCAGAAAAGGCCAUGGGUGUUUCCCGCUUCAUCAUCCCCUCCGCCAGCCCGAGGUAAUGGUGUCAAUUCUGGUUUUUCUACUAAUGGCUCUACACCUUUUACAGGCCAGUUAGCCCCGCGCACCGCCGCUCCAGCUGAAGGUCGCCGACGAACAAGUGACGCCAGUGCUGGUAGUUGUUUUCAUUGUGGAGGGAAAGGUCACUUUGCUGUGGUUUGUCCCCACAAAUCUACUAAAUUAGGCCUAAUCUGUGAAGGCGAUUCCACAUCCCCAGAUAAUUUGGCCGAGGUUCCCAUCGUGGAACCUGAAAUCUCUGUCACGGAGGAGGAAACAUUAGAGGCCUCCCAGCUACCUAGUUGUGUUAUUCAGCCCCUUCUCCUGGGGGCAGCUUCUGUUUUAGACAAAGGUUCUUGGCUACGCACAUCUAUUUUUCGUACUCGGUUUGAAGUUGGCACCAAGGCUCUUGAUACGGUGAUUGACAAUGGAAGUGGCAUGAAUGCCAUUGCAAGUGGGGUUGUGGAUAAAUUGGGUCUUGUCAAGGAACCCCAUCCCCAUCCUUAUCAAGUUAGCUGGGUGGACUCUACCACCAAACCGGUGGACUCUCGUUGCCGUGUACGUUUUUCUUUGGGUCCAACUUAUGUGGAUGAGGCCUGGUGUGAUAUCAUUCCUAUGUCGGUGUGCCAACUCCUCCUUGGGCGGCCGUGGUUAUUUGAUAGAAGGGCGUUGUAUGACGGCUUUCACAAUUCUUAUUCGUUUAUCUUCAACGGACGACUCAUCACCUUGAGUCCGCUACGACCGGUACCCACGACAAAGACAGAUGUUCUCACUAUUUCGCAUCUCUCAGAGAUUCCUCAGGAUGUUCCUGCUCUAUUUCUUCUGUUGGCCAAACCAUGUCAACCUUCUUCUGAAUUCGCUAAUUCCACGACAUCUGCAACUCUUCAGAACCUUCUUACUGAGUUUCAGGACCUCAUGCCUGAGGAUCUUCCGAACAACCUUCCGCCUUUACGUGAAGUGCAACAUGUUAUUGAUUUAAUUCCAGGCUCGUCCUUGCCUAAUCUUCCAGCAUAUCGACUCACCCCAAAUGAACACUCAGAGAUGCAACGCCAGAUAUCACAACUGUUGUCAAAGGGUUUCAUUCGUGAAAGCCUAUCUCCUUGUGCUGUGCCAACUUUACUUAUUCCCAAGCGCGAUGGAUCUUGGCGUCUUUGUGUCGACAGCCGAGCGAUCAACCGCAUCACUGUCAAAUAUCGCUUUCCCAUACCCAACUUGGAUGAUGUACUAGACCAAUUAUCCGGUGCUUCUAUCUUCUCUAAGAUGGAUCUACGCAGCGGUUACCAUCAAGUUCGAAUUAAACCGGGUGAUGAAUGGAAGACUGCCUUCCGCACAAAGGAUGGGUUGUUUGAAUGGCUGGUUAUGCCUUUCGGUUUGACUAAUGCACCUAGCACUUUCAUGCGCAUUAUGACACAAACUUUCAAACCUUUUAUGGGAAAAUUUCUUGUGGUUUAUUUUGACGAUUUGUUGAUUUACAGCCACAAUGAGGAAGAACAUUUUUGCCAUCUACGUGUGGUGUUUGAGACUCUGCGAUGUCAUUCUUUUUUUAUUCAUAAAAAGAAAUGUUCGUUCCUCCAAACUCGGAUUAACUUUCUUGGUUUUGUUAUUUCUCAGGAAGGACUUGAGGUGGACCCCGAUAAAACCACGGCUAUCUCAUCUUGGCCUACGCCCACGUCCUUCACUGAAGCUAGGAGCUUCCAUGGCUUAGCCUCAUUUUAUCGACGUUUCAUCCGUAAUUUUAGUGCCAUCACAGCUCCUAUUACAGACUGCCUUAAAGGAAGAUCUUUCAAAUGGACUUCAGCGGCCGCACGAGCGUUUGACCUUAUCAAGAACAAACUCACAUCAGCUCCUGUUCUUCAUUUGGCCGACUUCACAAAGCCCUUUGAAGUUGCAUGUGAUGCCUCCAUUAUGGGCAUUGGGGGGUUCUCAGCCAAGAGGGCCAUCCCGUGGCUUUUUACACAUAAAUCGGGUAUCGAAAAUAAGGUUGCUGACGCUUUGAGUAGGCGUGUGCAUCUCUUGACUACUUUUUCUGUUUCCUCUACUGGUUUUGAAUCGAUUCGUGAGCACUAUGCCUCCGAUCCCGACUUUGCUACAAUCUGGGCAGAUCUCACUAAUGUUGUGCCCAAGGACACAUCUAGCUCUCUUUUUGUUUUGCAGGAUGGCUAUCUUUUCAAGGCCAAUCAUCUUUGCCUUCCUCAAGGCUCUUUUCGCGAGUUUGUGAUCACGGAACUUCAUGCCGGAGGGUUGGCAGGUCACUUAGGACGUGACAAGACCAUAGCACUAGUGGUUGAUCGUUUCUUUUGGCCGCAGCUCCGACGGGAUGUUACUCGUUUGAUCCAACGAUGUCGUGUGUGUCAACUACAAAAGGGAACCAGGACAAACAGUGGGCUCUACACUCCUCUACCUAUUCCCCAACGGCCAUGGGAUGAUAUUUGCAUGGACUUUAUUCUUGGGUUGCCUCGUACGAUCCGCCAUCAUGAUUCCAUAUUAGUUGUGGUUGAUCGUUUCUCCAAGAUGGCCCACUUCUUACCAUGUGCGCGAACGUUUGACGCUUCGCAUGUUGCCGCCCUCUUCUUUACUGAGGUAGUCCGUCUUCACGGCCUGCCCAAGUCUAUCACCACUGAUAGAGAUGUCAAGUUCAUGUCCUACUUCUGGAAAACCCUUUGGAUGAAGUUGGGCACUAAGCUUCAAUACUCCAGUGCUUUCCAUCCCCAAACGGAUGGCCAAACGGAGGUCACUAAUCGUAGUGUCGGUAAUCUCCUUCGAUGCUUGGUGGUCGAUCAUGUUACCUCCUGGGAUUUAAUUCUUCCACAAGCUGAAUUUGUUUUUAAUAAUUCUAUUAAUCGAUCUACGGGUAGUUCUCCUUUUGAAAUUGUUGCAGGGAUUAAGCCUAGGACUCCCAUUGACCUGCUGCCUUUGCCUUCUUUUCAACAACCCAGCGGUGAGGCUUUGGAAUUCGCGUCUCAUAUCCACCAGAUUCAUGCUGAAGUCAAACGAAGAUUAGCCAUCAGCAAUGAGGCUUACAGUACUUCGGCAAAUGCACGUCGUCGCCAUGUGGAAUUCCAGCCGGGUGAUCUGGUGUUCAUUCGUGUCAACCCAGCUCGCUUUCCUUCCGGUUCAAUUCACAAGCUUCAUUCUCGUCGGGCAGGGCCUUUUGCUGUUCUCAAACGACUUGGCGCAAAUGCUUACCUCAUUAAUUUACCUCCUGACCUUCGUUUCAGCCCUAUCUUCAAUGUGGUUGACCUUACCGCUUGUCAUGAAGACUUCCCCAGUUCCCAGUCUAGUGAUGCCAAUGAACCCCCCACUGUCAAUCCGACCAUUCCAACCAACGAUCACCACACAUUACCUACUGCAGUUCUGCCUCCUCCUGUCCAAUCCACUGCUCUAAAUGACUCACCUUAUGUGAUUAUACAGCGUGACUUUGUCCCCACUCGGCGUGGGGGUUAUUGGCGAUACCUUGUCCUGUUUCGUAAUCGUCCGAUUUCUGAUGGCGUAUGGCUUACUGAGUCUCAUCUUCGCCACUUUUAUCCCGAACUCCUCCAGCAAUACCUUCAGAUAUACUCGACGGAGUCGAGUUCUGCGCAGGCCGAGGUAGUUGAUGCAGCACACACCCAACCAAGCUCUAGCAUGCAUGACGUGGACAACACUGAACCAAGGGAUGAUUCUGCCGUUGUGGCAGUUGAUGAAUCAGUAACAAAUCUCACGAGAGAUCGUAGUAGCAGAAUUAAUUAUGUUUGUAUGCAAAAAUCCUUUAAGGGUCUUCUUUCUUCACUCAAUUGGUUUGAGUUAUUCAGUUCCUACGGGGGCUGCACCACUCCAUCUGGGUCUAGGUCUUCAUCCUCAACCAAAACCACCCCUGAAUCAAUCAAAGCCAGUUUCAUCCACAUAACAGUGGACAUUGAUUAUUGA